GCGGGGGCGGGGCAUGUCGCGACUGGGCCGGGGCCGCGCCGCGACCCUUUGAGCGUUGACGUCCGGGUUCCUCGUCUGUCUUUACACCCGCGGCCCGAGGAUGAAUCUGGAGCGGGUCUCCAACGAGGAGAAACUUAAUCUCUGCCGGAAAUACUACCUGGGCGGCUUUGCCCUCCUGCCCUUCCUCUGGCUGGUCAACGUUUUCUGGUUCUUCAGAGAGGCCUUCCUGGCCCCGGCCUACUCGGAGCAGGGACAGAUCAAGAGCUAUGUGCAGCGGUCAGCAGUCGGGCUCCUGUUCUGGCUGGUGGUGUUGACCGCUUGGAUCACCGUAUUCCAGACACAUCGUGCACAGUGGGGAGAGGUUGGGGACUACCUCUCCUUCACCAUCCCCCUGGGGCUGCCUUGACCCCCCUCCCACACAACCCCUGGGCCAGCUUCUCUCCUCCACCUUUCCGUGUCCCCCCCACCCCCCGACCCCGUCCCGGCAUCCCUUGAACACGCACUCAGAUCCCCGAAGGGAAAGGCAGACUUUGCCUGGAUGGAGCAGACAGCCCCUCCCUGACCCCCCCAGCCCAUGAGACUGCAAUAAAGAACACCGCUGGCCUCGGCUCCAAGCGUCCCGGCCUUGAAAGGACUGGAGGGGAGGGGAGCCAGGAUGAGGUGGGUAUGCAGCAAUCCCCCAAAUUCCCAAAAGGGCAGGGAAUGCGCCUGUAGCCCAGGGCUGCAGCAUUGGAGCCCUGGUCUGGAUCCAGUGGCGAGGCCCUGGCCCUGGAAAGCCAGAGAACUGGCUUCUAGGCCUAGUUCUCCCUACUGGGGCUGGCCCAAGACAAUUUCUGCCCGAAUCCCACCCAAGGCAUUCUGCAUAGACUGUGAGCCCGCUGGGUAGGGACUGUCUCUAAUGGUUGCUGAAUUGUACUUUCCAAGUGCUUAAUACAGUGCUGUGCACACAGUAAGUGCUUAAUAAAUAUGAUUGAAUGAAGGAAUGAACAGGGCCCAGGCAGAACUACAGAAAAAUAAAAAUAUCUGGCUAAUGGGGACGGCAAAGA